GCAUGGAGCACAGUGCCCAGCGCCCACACUCACACUCACACUCACACUCACAACAGCAGCAGCAGCAGCAGACACAGCCACACCACCAGCACCAGCAGCACCAGCCGCCGCAGCCACAUCAACACCAACACUGCAACUGCCAGCACAGGGAGCAGCAGGUACCGCACCGACACUGCUGGUACGGCAGCCAGACUCAGAGCCAGCCCGGAGACUACCAGGUGAACACUAGUGAUCUGCAACGACUGCACCAUGCUGGAUCCAAGAACAGCUUCAGCGAGAGCAACCCUUUCACCGAGAUAGCCAUGACCAGCUGCAAGUAUAACGGAGGGGUGGUUAGACCCCUAAGUAGCCUGGGCACCUCGCACAGAAACCUCCACGACCUAGACUCUGAGACCCAGCCCCUGCACACCAACUCCGGUCUGGAGGUGGUGGUCUCCAAACCCGACCAGAACCACGUGUCGAGCGACAGCUUGGUGCAUGAGGGCAGGGAGUUGCCCAAGAAAUCCCCGAACAUCGGGCACAAGCUCGGCCACCGACGGGCCCUGUUCGAGAAGAGGAAGAGGCUCAGCGAUUACGCACUGAUAUUUGGGAUGUUCGGGAUUGUUGUCAUGGUGACAGAGACGGAAUUGUCCUGGGGAGUUUACACUAAGGCUUCUCUGUACUCCCUCGCACUCAAAUGCCUUAUCAGCCUCUCCACUGUAAUAUUACUGGGUCUCAUUAUUGUCUAUCAUGCUCGUGAGAUUCAGCUGUUCAUGGUGGACAACGGAGCAGAUGACUGGAGAAUAGCCAUGACCUACGAGAGGAUAUUCUUCAUCUGUUUGGAGCUGCUGGUGUGUGCGAUCCACCCCAUCCCCGGCCAGUACAUCUUUACAUGGACCGCCCGCCUGGCCUUCAGCUACACCACGUCAAUGGCCAACGCAGACGUGGACAUCAUUCUCUCCAUCCCCAUGUUCCUCAGACUCUAUCUCAUCGCCCGGGUCAUGUUGCUUCACAGUAAGCUCUUUACCGACGCCUCGUCCAGAAGCAUCGGGGCACUCAACAAGAUCAACUUCAACACCCGCUUUGUUAUGAAAACUCUGAUGACCAUUUGCCCGGGGACAGUGCUCCUGGUCUUCAGUAUUUCCUCCUGGAUUAUAGCUGCCUGGACUGUACGCGUGUGUGAAAGGUACCACGAUAAACAGGAGGUCACCAGCAACUUUUUGGGAGCAAUGUGGCUCAUUUCAAUCACAUUUUUGUCGAUUGGAUAUGGAGACAUGGUGCCUCACACAUACUGCGGGAAGGGAGUCUGCCUUCUAACGGGCAUUAUGGGAGCGGGCUGCACAGCGCUGGUGGUGGCAGUGGUCGCUCGCAAACUAGAACUCACCAAAGCAGAGAAGCAUGUACACAACUUCAUGAUGGACACACAGCUAACAAAGCGGGUAAAAAACACAGCUGCCAAUGUUCUCAGGGAAACAUGGCUGAUUUACAAAUACACCAAACUGGUGAAGAAGAUCGAUCAUGCCAAAGUACGCAAGCACCAGCGGAAGUUUCUACAAGCCAUUCACCAAUUAAGAGGUGUUAAAAUGGAGCAGAGAAAGGUGAAUGACCAAGCGAAUACACUGGUGGAUCUGGCCAAGACACAGAACGUGAUGUACGACAUCCUAUCGGAGCUGCAGGAGAAGAACGAGGAGCUGGAGAAGCGGAUCGUGGCACUGGAGGGCAAACUGGACUCACUGACGGCCAGCUUGCAGGCUCUUCCCGCCCUCAUCACCCAGGCCGUGGGCAAGCAGCAGCGGGAAUUCUUUGAGACUCACUCGCACAGGUUCAAGUCGGUGGCCUACAGCUCGGAGAGGUCGUGGACACCCACACGCCGACGGCGGUCCCCAUCCACAGCGCCCCAUACAUCUUCCGACAGCAGCUAGAAGCUCCUGGAAGUGAAUGAUCUGAUCUCAAUUGGCCAUUGUAUGGCUUCCAAUGUUAGCUUUUAUCUAUAAAGCCAUCUCUAUUUAUAAGUUUGGUUUUAGGACACCAGAGUGUUGCUGCGUAUUACCGUUAAUAUUUAAAAGGGUAAAGCAGCCCCCAAGGCUUGUGCCAAGGGUUUUGGGCCAGAAUAUAUAUAUAUAGGUUGAAGCCAUCUCCCUUAAGAGCCUUCGUUGACUCCCCCUUCCCCAUUCCCCCUUCCCAUUCCCACCCACCAACACACACAUACAGCCGUUAUGUCCGACCAGCAAUACAACCCAUCAGCUGAGGGUCUACCCUUGCUGUUCAUCCCAGUGCCAUUGUCCAGCCUAGCACGAGAUUUUUACUUUAAGGACCCUUGACUGUGAAUCAUUGGGAUUGAGGGGACAAGGGCUGUUCAUAGCAAAAAGGAUUUGAGUAUAGGAGCAGGGAGGUUCUACUGCAGUUGUACAGGGUCUUGGUGAGACCACACCUGGAGUAUUGCGUACAGUUUUUGGUCUCCUAAUCUGAGGAAGGACAUUCUUGGGAGUGCAGAGUAGGUUCACCAGACUGAUUCUUGGGAUGGCAGGACUUUCAUAUGAAGAAAGACUGGAUAGACUCGGCUUGUGCUUGCUAGAAUUUAGAAGAUUGAGGGGGGAUCUUAUAGAAACUUACAAAAUUCUUAAGGGGUUAGAUGCAGGAAGAUUGUUCCCGAUGUUGGGGAAGUCCAGAACAAGGGGCCACACAGUUUAAGGGUAAGGGGGAAGGAAGUCUUUUAGGACCGAGAUGAGAAAAACAUUUUUGCACACACAGAGAGGUGUGAAUCUGUGGAACUCUCUGCCACAGAAGGUAGUUGAGGCCACAGUUCAUUGGCUAUAUUUAAGAGGGAGUUAGAUGUGGCAGGUCACAUCGCAGUUGCAUCAGACGUUGGUGAGGCCGCAUUUGGGGCACUGUCCUCAGUUCUGGGCACCGUGUCAGCGAAAAGGGCGCAGAGUGUAUUUACGAGGAUGUUGCCAGGACUCGAGGGUCUGAUCUCUAGGUAGAGGUUGAGUAGACCUGCGACUAUUCCUUGGAGCGCAGGAGGAUGAGGGGUGAUCUUAUAGAGGUGUAUAAAAUCAUAAGAGGAAUCGUGUUUAGGAAAGAACUGCAGAUGCUGGAAAAUCGAAGGUAGACAAAAAUGCCGGAGAA